AUGGUCAGGUCAAAUUUUGAGCCUGGUCAUGUCCCUCAUUUUGUUGCUGCUUCUCUCUGUAAGAAACUUCCCAAAACAGUGCCAUGGAAGGUGCAGAAAGCUGCCAAAGCCGCAAAGCCGGAGACCUUGAACUUCUCGCCCGCCUUGUCAAAUAGGACGAUGCAUUCACCCUUCUUGGUACCGGAGGAGUUGCCGGAAGGUGCCCGGCGGGAUGGGCUGAGAGUUGAAUGUACCACGGUGGAAAAAGAAGGUCUGGUGGGUCGACGACGUUGGGCCUCAAUGACCGAGGAGGAGAUGAUGACAGGCAUUCGUCGGUCUUCAAAGGAGAUGCAUCCGGUGGAUUUGGCGGCCUAUCCGUCGCCGGGGAUGUCCCCCACCCUGGCGCCCACCUGGCGUGUGGGGCGCGAUGCCGCGGAUACCUACGGUCCUGGGGCUCGCAGGAGGUGGGCCUCGUUGUCGGACGAUGAGGCGGCAUCCCCCAUGCUUUGGCCCAUGAGGUCGCCAGCCUUACAUGUACAGAGGCCCGGCCGCCGCAGUCAAAGCAAUACGCCUUUGUUGGGCCCAGCAGGCAUGGGCUUAGCGAAGGUUUCUGAACAUGCAGAGUGUGAGGACUUCAUGCUGCCUCCGACACCGCCCGUCGCAACGCCCAGUGAUCGCCAGGGGCCGAAUAUGUCGCCAACAUCGCAGGGAAAGAACAUGCCGAUGACGCCAGAGAACUACCCGAUGGCGUGGCCCAAUUGGGACCCCAACCUGGGCGUCAUGGCUGGCUUUCCGGAGGCGCCGGCCUGGCCCAAUCAGAUGUGGUUCAUGCCUCGGGACAAUGGCGUUUGGCCACAGGUUCCAGGCUACGUGCCUGGCAUGACGCAAGACAUGGGAGGCGGCCCAGGCUAUCCUCCGGUGGGGAAUCCAUUUGGCUGGAUGCCCAUGCCAGAGGCUCCCCAGAUGUGGCUGGGCGAAGCAGAGAUGCCGACGGAUGUGACUGGACCCUGGAUGCAGUUUGAAGAUGGCGCUCUCCCUGCUGGGCCGCCGGCUGCCAGCGUGGCUGGCGCCGCGGCCGCUGGCGCUGCUGGCAGUGCAGGGCAGUGCUCUUUGGUUUGGAUAGGUGAACGUGCUUUCCGUGCGCAGGCGAACGAGAAGGAAGAAUUGGAGAAUCUGGGGUUCACCGUCAAAAUCUACAGGACUCACGACCGCUGCAGCCGCGUCCUAGACAAGAAAAGUACGCUGGCUGCAACCACGGUCUUCCUUCUCUCCGAGGCGGAGGCCUCUCCCAUGCUUGAAUACCUGCAGAAGCGUGGUGCUAGUGGUCUUCGCGUGUUGGUCGUGGCCUCGUUUUUUUGCCUUGUGGUGCAGAGCCCGGAGGGAGUUGGGGACUUGGGGAGUGAAGAGUUGUUGGAAAGGGGCAUGAAACAAGACAUGAACAUGGAGGGACCGCAAAGCAGGAGGUUCCAGUGCGGUGUAACAAGCUCGGAGGCCGCCUUACCUUGCCCUCCGGCCAUGUUGGCUCCAGGCACCGUUGAAGUCACUCCGCCCGUAGCGAUGUCAGCUGUGUUGGAUAGUCUUCUGUUGGCCAGAGGAAACCCGGGGAACCGCCAGGCGCCCUCCAGUUGUUUUACUUUCAAUUCCGAGGGGAUCUUGGCUCCGUUGACCUCGCUGGCGAAUGCGGGGCGUCGCUCCCUGACCCGCUGCAACAGCUUCUCCGGAUUUAUGUCCUCGCAAAGACAGGCAGUUCAGACUCCCAAGGCUCGUCAAACCAUCCACAGCAUCUCCAGCCCUGUGAAUCUUUCGGAGGCGCUUCAGCGACGGACCAAGCGAAGUCACACGGAUCCCGGCCGAAGCGUGCAGCUGGUGUUUCAUGGACCCUAUGGAGGUGAGCAGAAGGCCACGACCUCGCAGCCGCGGCGGCCCUCCUGCAUGGACAUGGGGUUCGCCCUGCCUUCUGUUCCAGCAGUGCCAGAUGAAAAGGAGAGCCCGCGCAUGAGUAGGGAUACCACCAUGACGCCCAACACGGCUUCGAACAGCUUAGAUUCCAGCAAAGGCGACACGCGUGAAGUUCCCUCCCGAGCUGUGCGAUUUCGACAGACCAUCACCGAAGUAGAGGUG